UGUAUUUUCCAAGUAAUAUGAACGGGUAUUUAGAGAAGGAUAGCCCUUUUUUACCCCUCCUAGAUAAGGAAGUGCAGUUGGCUGCUUCGCUUUGUAAGGCACAAAGCGAGUACAAUGGAAAAGUUUGUCGAAUAAUUGGAAUUGACUUGAAAGAACCCUCUAAGGAAGAAUACCUGAGAUGGAGAAGUUCUGACCGUCCUUUGGAUAGGAAGGCAGAGGUCAUUAUUUACAAUACCUCGACAACGUGCACAUCUGUUUAUAUUUUGUCUUUAAAGAACAAGAAAGUAUUAUCCAAAAAUGAGUUUCGUAAUGUGCAACCAAGUAUUACUUUAGACGAAGCCGUCGAGGCGGAAAAUUUGAUAAAGAAGGAUCCAAAGUGUCAAAAAAUUUUGAGAGAAGAGUACAACAUUACAGAUACUGACUUAAUUACAUGUGAUCCUUGGACAGUAGGAAGGAAGGAUCCAAAUAAUCGAAGACUAAUUCAAAUGUUCACUUGGUGUCGUAUGAACAAGGAUGACGAGAAUCAAUACUCUCAUCCCGUGGAAGGUUUUCUUCCCAUUGUGGACCUAAAUACAAUGACUAUUGUGCAGCACGAAAGCUAUGCAAAUGCUCCUGUUCCUAAGAAGUUGUAUCCUUUUAGGGCUGAUAAGUGGACUCUGCGACAGGAUCUUAAGCCUUUUGAUGUUAUGCAAUCCAAUGGACCCAGUUUUCAGGUCCAUGGUAAUCAUGUUAAGUGGCAAAACUGGAGCUUCUAUGUUGGAUUCAACUCAAGAGAAGGCCUCGUUCUGCAUGAUAUUCGUUACACUGAAGGAAAGGAGGAGAGAAGCAUUCUUUACAGGGCGUCUGUUUCAGAAAUGGUGGUUCCUUAUGGUGACCCUGAUCCUCCUCAUAAUACAAAGAGAGCUUUCGAUGAGGGGGAAUAUGGUUUAGGAAAUUGUGCCAACUCUCUCCGUUUAGGAUGUGACUGUUUAGGUCACAUUCAUUAUUUCGAUGCUUGUCUAACAAAUGCCAAAGGAGAGCCUCAGAUUGUAAGAAACGCUGUGUGCAUGCACGAAGAAGAUAUUGGCUUGCUCUGGAAACAUCUUGAAUUACGUACGAGGCAUCCUGAAUCUAGGAGAAGUAGAAGACUAGUCAUCUCUAUGAUUGCAACUUUGGUAAACUAUGACUAUGGAUUUUUCUGGUACCUCUAUCAAGAUGGAAAAAUCGAAAUGAAGGUGAAGCACACUGGACAGCUAAAUAUAUGUGGUAGAAACAUUUAUCAUAAUGGAAUGAGAAAUGGAAGUCUUGUUGCUCCAGGUCUUAAUGCACAGUAUCAUCAGCACUUUUAUAGUGUUCGACUAGACUUUGAUAUAGAUGGAACGGAGAAUCGAGUCACUGAAAUAGACGUAGUUCACCCAACAGAUGAAGAGUUGGGAAUAAAGACAACACAAAAGAAUGCAAUGACCAUUCGAGAGACAGUUCUUUCUAAUGAACUAAAAGCUGCUCGAGAUAUUGACGCUGCUAGAGCAAGAACUUGGUUGGUGAGCAGCUCUCGAAGACGAAACUACCUUGGUCAACCAACGGGCUAUAAGAUAGUACCAGUGACAGUUGACAAGUUUCUGCUAAACGAGGAUUCUGCCGUAGUUAAAAGAGCAAACUUUCUGAAACGUGCCUUAUGGGUUACAUCCUUUGAUGAAGAGGAACGUUAUGCCGCAGGAAGGUUUCCUAAUCAGUGUGAAAUAGAUCAGGGUUUGGGAAAGUGGACCCAACAGAAUAGAUCAGUGCUAGAUAGAGAUAUUGUCGUUUGGUACACUUUUGGCAUUACGCAUGUUCCUCAAACCGAAGACUGGCCAGUCAUGCCUGUGGUUGAGGCUGGGUUCAUGUUGCAUCCUUGUAACUUUUUCGAUAUGAACCCUGCAAUGGAUGUACCACCCAAGUCAUCUUCUUGUUCUCAUGUUUCUGCAAAAAUUUAAUGCCCUUUUAGAAGAUAGUUUUUGUGUUUCUCGAAAUAAAAUUGUUUUAUCAAACUACAACAAAUAUUA